AUGCCCCAGAGCCCUGUAUCAAGCGAGGAGGAGAGGAGGAGCAUCUCCGAAUAUCCUGGGGGAGAGUCGGACUCGGACAGCUCCAGAGAGGUCAUGGUCCCUGGAGGGAAAAACAAUCCCAGUUCUGCCACCAGCAAUACUAGCCCUAACCCUCUUUCAGCAUCCUCAGUAGCAGCAAGGAGAAUAAAGGAGAGAUCCAUGUCUGUUCCUGACGAUUCCAAUUUCAGUAUGAUGGUCUUUCGCAUUGGUAUCCCUGACCUACAUCAAACAAAAUGCCUCCGAUUUAACCCAGAUGCCACAAUCUGGGUUGCAAAGCAACAGAUACUGUGCACUCUGAAUGAGAGCCUGAAGGAUGUCCUUAACUAUGGCCUUUUCCAACCAGCAACCAAUGGAAGGGAUGCCAAGUUCUUGGAUGAAGAGCGUCUUCUUCGGGAGUAUCCACAGUCUUUUGAGAAAGGGGUUCCAUAUUUGGAGUUCCGCUACAAGACAAGAGUUUACAAGCAGACUAACCUUGAUGAAAAGCAAUUGGCGAAGCUCCACACUAAGGCUGGUCUGAAAAAGUUUGUGGAGUAUGUACAACAUGGCUCAGCGGAGAAAGUGGCCAGAUUGCUGGACAAAGGCUUGGAUCCCAACUAUCAUGAUUCUGAAGGUGGAGAGACGCCAUUGACCAUGGCUGCACAAAUGGAAGGAACGGUGGAUGUCAUUAGGAUGCUUUGCCUUGGAGGGGCCCACAUUGACUUUCGUGCCCGCGAUGGCACCACAGCUCUCCACAAGGCUGUCUGCUCCCGAAAUUAUAAUGCGCUCAUGACACUUUUGGAUCUCGGUGGUUCUCCAAAUUACAAAGAUCGUCGAGGUCUUACUCCUCUGUACCAUACGGCCAUGGUGGGUGGAGAUCCCAGGUGCUGUGAGUUACUGCUCUACAACAGAGCAUACAUUGGCACUGUGGAUGAAAAUGGCUGGCAAGAAAUUCACCAGGCCUGCCAGCAUGGCCACUCACAACACUUAGAGCAUCUACUCUUUUAUGGGGCUGACCCUGCUGCUCAGAACGCUUCAGGCAACACCGCUCUGCAUAUCUGUGCCCUGUACAACAAGGAGAGCUCUGCUCGAGUAUUGCUGUACCGAGGGGCGAGCAAAGAUAUAAAGAACCACAGUGGACAGACCCCUUUCCAGGUAGCUGUUAUUUCAGGAAAUUUUGAAUUAGGGGAGCUGAUCAAGAGUCAUCGAGACACUGAUAUUGUGCCCUUCCAGGAAUCUCCUUCCUAUGCUGUCCAUCGUAAAGAAGGAGGAAAAGCUCUGUCUGUUCCCCAUGUCCUUUUACGUGCCAAUAGCGACAACAGCCUAUCACUGCCUGACUGGAUGGUCUUCUCCUCUUCCACUGCCAAUACUGUCACUCUGCAGGGACAAAAGGCCUCAGGGGGAACUCUGAGAAGCUCCAGUAGCCCACGAGGGGCUCGAAGUCGAUCACCUUCACGGGGACGCCACACAGAGGAGUCCAAAAAACAACCACGGGGACGGCCUAGUUCCAGUGGUUCUUCCAAAGAUGCCCCUGCUGGUGGGACUGUCAAUCACCGUAUGAAACGCAAAUUGUAUUCAGCCGUGCCAGGACGCAUGUUUGUGGUCAGCAAACCUUACCAGUCCCAAGGUGAAGGAGAAAUCUCUCUCAGCAAAGGAGAGAAGAUCAAAGUUUUGAGUGUUGGAGAAGGAGGAUUCUGGGAAGGAAACGCCAGAGGACGCACCGGAUGGUUCCCUUCAGACUGCGUGGAGGAAAUUCCCACAAAACCCCAGGAAGGAAAACAAGAGAGCCGGAGUGACAAAGCCAAACGGUUGUUCAGACACUACACGGUUGGAUCGUAUGACAGCUUUGAUGCUCCCAGUGACUACAUUAUUAAAGAAAAAACGGUGCUGCUGCAGAAGAAAGACAGCGAAGGAUUUGGCUUUGUGCUGAGAGGAGCUAAGGCACAAACCCCAAUUGAGGAGUUUACUCCAACUCCGGCUUUUCCAGCGCUUCAGUACUUGGAAAGUGUGGAUGAAGGUGGAGUGGCUUGGAGAGCAGGUCUCAGGAUGGGGGACUUUUUAAUUGAGGUAAAUGGACAGAAUGUGGUAAAAGUGGGUCAUCGGCAGGUAGUUAACAUGAUUCGGCAGGGAGGAAACAACUUAAUGGUAAAAGUUGUUAUGGUGACACGGAACCCAGAAAUGGAGGAUGCCAUGCGAAAAAAAGUGCCCCAGCAAACCAAGCGGGUUACUCCACCCGCAAUAUCACUGCGUUCCAAAUCCAUGACUUCAGAACUGGAGGAAAUGGUGUCUCCCUGGAAAAAGAAAAAUGACUAUGAGCCAUCUCAGAACACAGAGAAGAAAAGAACCGUAUAUCAAAUGGCACUAAAUAAACUGGAUGAAAUCCUCGCAGCAGCCCAGCAAACUAUUAGCGUGAAUGAGAGCUCCAACCCUGGUACACUAGCAUCUCUGGGAACAUCACGGUCUGCCUCAAAGAGCUUUUUUUCCUCAGAGCCAAAUUUUGGACAGCAUAGAGUCUCAAGUACACAGUCGGUGUAUGAUGGUCCAUCCUACUUGUCCUCUUCUCCUGGCCAGGCCAUGAUGCUGCGGCAAAAGUCUAUUGGUGCUGGGGAUGAUGAAAAGCCAUUUUUGUCUGCUCCCCCCAUGAAAUUUAACCGCAGUCUUUCUGUUCCUAGCUCAGAAGACAUACCCCCUCCGCCUACAACUUCUCCUCCUGAUCCUCCAUAUAACACUGCACCUUCAUCUGCAGCUAGGGUUAACCCAGUUGUAAGGUCUAACUUUAAUCAAAGUGGAGAUUCUAAAUUGUUUUCCCCUACAAUGAGACAAGAAUCUAGUCUUUUUGACCAACAAAUUAUGGAUGCAUCUCAGAGACGUGAGAAGCUACAGCAGCUCUACCACCAAGAUUCUGAACAAACUGCUGAUGAGCAGAUCCGAAUAGGAAUGGCUUCAACAGCAAAUAUGAGAAACUGGAGGUCACAGACACAGGAGAUGCGUUACUUUAAUCUUCCUACAAGAGCAGCCAGUACAGCAAUGUAUGUACCAGCAAAAGCCGUACGUCGAAAAGGCCAACUAGUGAAACAAGUAAAGGUAGAAAAUGAACAACAGCAGCAUUUGCAACAACAGCAGCAUCAGCAGCAAUACCAGUCUCAUCACCAGCAGCAACAAACUAGCAAGUCACAUGAAAAAAGUUCCAUUCCUAUACCUACAAUCAUUAUUAAAGCCCCAUCGACCAGUAGUAGUGGAAGGAGUAGCCAAGGUAGUAGUAUGGAGGCUGAAACCCAGCCAGACCCUAUUCCAUCUCUGCAAUUACGUGAUAAUAUUGACUUUACAAGCCAGUUUGGAGCAGCCAUUGUCGGUGCAGCACGGCGGGACCGUGAGUGGUUUAAUGAAGCCCGCCGAAAAUCUGCUCUUUUUCUUUCCACAGACGAAGACACAGAGCCCACACCUGCCCCAAGGUUGAAGCAUUCUAAGUCUAUUGAUGAGGGUAUGUUUUCUAGUGAACCAUACAUGCAUUUAAAUGUUCCCACAAAUUUUGCCACACCUGUGAAUAGAGAUGUUACUAGUGGAUACGCCUACCAGUCAAAAACUGGCAAGGGCUAUGGCCCUGGUACCACUAGCGCAUUUAGUUCUGCAUGUUCCACUUUUUUACCACAGCGUCCACUUAUACAUCCCCUGACUGGGAAAAUACUGGAUCCUAGUUCUCCUUUAGGUCUUGCUUUAGCAGCACGAGAAAGAGCUUUAAAAGAGUCACAACAGCAUAGUAGAAGUGAAUUAGAAGAGAGAAAGUCCCGUCCAUCUUCUCCACGUUUUCCAGAACAAAAGUCUCCAAUAGAGUCCCGAAGCAGCUCUCCACAUCGACUCUGGGAGUCAGGACCCACAAAAAGAAAAGAGAUUGAUUUCAAGCCAUGUAUGGUAUCCCCAACUGGUGAAAGAAAGUCAGAUGAGAGUUCUGGCCACCGGUCUCCUGCUCUCUUGCUGCUUCAAGGUGUAGAACAUGGUAAAGCCUGGGAAAAGAGGACUGAAGGCCAAGAAAAAAUAGAACUGCAUGUGCGCUUCAUGGAGAACUCCACCCACAAAGAUGAAGAAGAUCAUAAUAAGAUUUCCUCCUUAUGUAAGGAAGUAAAAAAUGAAAGACAAAGAGCCAACCCAACUAUGAACCAUGCCCCAUUACCUAGCACAAAUUCAGAAACACAUGAAUCCAAUUCCAAGGAGAAUGGGCUACCAUUAUUAGUCUUGCCUCCCCCGGCCCCUUCAAUUGAUGUUGAUGAUGAUUUUUUAUUUACUGAUCCUCUCCCCCCACCAUUAGAAUUUUCAAACAGUUUUGAUAAGCCUGAUUCACCUCCAGGGGCAUCAGGUGGAACAUCUACCCUUCCACCUCCUGUUCCUCCACCACCUCCUGACUCUGGUAGCACUCCUGCUCUAGACUCUACGACUUCUAGUCUCACUUCUUAUGACAGCGAAGUAGCCAACUUAACCCAGGGGACACCAGAACUUAAAGAACCUCAUGUCAAUUUCUCAUCUGUUGUGUCGUCAAUUCAAAUACCAGCAUCAGACACUAUAGAGACAGUAACUGAUUCUGGCAUUGAAGAGAUUGAUAGUCGAAGCAGCAGUGAUCACCAUCUAGAGACUAUUAGUAGUGUCUCAACAUUAUCAAGUAUGUCUGGACUUUCAACAGAAGGAACAGAACUAUUGGACACUUACAUAACUUAUCUAGAUGGACAAGCAUUUAGUGCUGAUAAGCCUGUUGUCCAAAAUAAGAUUCGUUCAAGGACAUUUCCAAGUAGAACACCUGGACUACUUAGAGAUCCCAUUACUGCCACCAGUACCACCAUUUCUGUUUCUCCCUCUGCGGAAAAUGUCUUCACACUGACACCAUCUAAAGGACCCUCACUCUGUGCUCCUUCAGAGCCAGCAAAGGAUUCUCAUAGAAAAUCUCCCACGCUCCCAUGGGAGGACUACUCCCAGGAAAAACUCUCUUCGGUAUCUACAGUUAAAUCAAAUAUGAUGACUGAGUUAAGUUCAAAGAUUCAGCAUAUGAGUGGAGUUUCAUGGUCCAGGCCACCAGAAUCUGCAGUAUCAUUUACACCUGAAAGGCCCACUUCACUGCAGAGACACAGGAUAGUUGAUGAUUCUGCUGCUUCAUUGAUUUCUUCUAAACCCGUGAGCAGUUUAUUUCAUAACUGGCCUAAGUCUCCACAGCCUGCUCAAAAACACCCCAAAAGUGUGGAUUUUGACAUACGUCCUACCUUGAGAAGAGCACCAAGCCCAUCAACCUUGCCCACGGAGCACAAAAUAAGCCCAACUCCACGUCCUUCUUCUCUACCCAUCUUGCCUUCUGCCCCUGUUUACACAGGGGUCUUUGACCUAAGAGGCUCCCCUACAGCUGGAGGAGAUGCUUUCCCUGGCUUCCAAACGGGCAGUCGGUCCUUAUCUCCAACUCAUUUCAUUCUACCCCCCACUGAGAAACCAUUUGCCUCUAAGCCCAUUCACUUUUGGACAAAAUAUGAUGUGGCUGAUUGGUUGGACUACUUAAAUCUUGGUGAACACCGAGAACAUUUCUUAGACAAUGAAAUUGAUGGCAGUCACUUACCAUCCCUGACCAAGGAGGAUUACAUUGACCUGGGUGUUACAAGAGUAGGCCAUCGAAUGAACAUUGACCGAGCUCUGAAAUUUUUCUUGGAGAGGUGA